GGCCCGAAGCACAGUGCGGGCAAAACUCGCCGGGCGCGACUCCGACCAGGAGCCCUCCUCCUCGGGGAAGGAGCACCCCAGCUCUGGGUAAUCUCGGUUCCGGGCGCCCGCCGUCUCCGCCCCGCUCUACGCCGCAGGCUGCGCGGGCAGCGGUUUUCACUUCGGGACGUCCCUCAGCAGGGCUCGCCUAUGCUCUCGGCCGCCCGGACGGCACGCCAGCUCUUACACAGCUUUCUUUCGAUCCCAAAGAUGGGGGACCACGGUUCGAAGAUCGUCAGCUCUCAGGAGGCUUUGCCGGGCCGGGAGGAACCGAUCCGAGUCGCGGCCAAACAUCAUGUCAACGAGAACAGAACAGUUGAACCUUUCCCAGAGGGAACACAGAUGGCUGUAUUUGGAAUGGGCUGCUUCUGGGGAGCUGAAAGGAAAUUCUGGACCUUGAAAGGAGUGUAUUCAACUCAAGUUGGUUUUGCAGGAGGCUAUACUGCUAAUCCCACUUAUAAGGAAGUCUGUUCAGGCAAAACUGGCCAUGCAGAAGUCGUCCGAGUUGUGUACCAGCCAGAGCACAUCAGCUUUGAGGAACUGCUCAAGGUCUUCUGGGAGAAUCACGACCCGACCCAAGGCAUGCGCCAAGGCAAUGACUAUGGCACUCAGUACCGCUCAGCCAUCUAUCCCACCUCUGCCAAGCAGAUGGAGGCAGCCCUGAGUUCCAAGGAGGACUACCAGAAGGUUCUCUUCAAGCAUGGCUUUGGCCCCAUCACCACUGACAUCCGGGAGGGCCAGACCUUCUACUAUGCAGAGGACUACCACCAGCAGUACCUCAGCAAGAACCCUGAUGGCUACUGUGGCCUCGGGGGCACUGGAGUGUCCUGCCCGCUGGGCAUUAAGAAAUGAGUUCUCCACACAGGCUGAGCCCAUCAGGCUCCAGCAAACAAACAAAGAAACAAAAUGCUUUCGCCAGCCUGGGCAAUGCUUCUGUGAUCCAUGUUGGGGGUUUCUGAGUGCACAAUGUAUGAAGGCAUUUAUGAAAAAUCUAGUUUCUUGAGAUCCAAUUUACAGUCAGUGCAAUGGAAAGCUAGUGCAAUGUCGCUUGUCAUCUAAUUAGAGGCUGUGAAAUUAUCUGGGUCAUUUGGGGUCUACAUGAAGGUGAUGAACACUCUGUGUAUACUCUGCUUGGUGUCUGGGUGCCUGCCGUGAAAAGUUAAAGGAUGGUUAUGGAGAGAUUACGGCACAGCAUGGUGGGGUGUUGGAAAUCUCACUCCCUACCCUACCUCGUGAGCCCUCCUGCCCUCCAGUGCCUUAUACCUGCCCACGUCUGUCCCCUCGCUAAAUCAUUCCCACAGUGCUUUGCUUGGCUGAUUGUGAUGUGUGAAAGGGCCUUCCUCUCUGCCUCCAGUCCUCUUUGCACACCGAGAAGAUGCGAAUUAGCUUAAUGGAUUCUCACACUUGGCAUGCACCUAUGGAAAAUGUGUGUUUGAAUAAAAAUCUGCAAUCCAA